UCAUCAGACUUACCACCUAUUUGUCCACUUGGAUCCCAAAAAAUCUGUGUGGCAAAAUGCUUUAUCUGUACCUCUGCAUAUUUUUCUUGAAUCGUUUUAUUCCCUUUUGAAUGUGGUUUAAAUUCAAGUAAGAAAGAGAACUUAGUGAGACUGAACAUCCAUCAUAAAACAAAACAGUGUUGAAAACUAAAUUUUGACGUCACUCGCCAUUCAGGAGAGUGACUGUAAACUUGCCGGUGCAUGGAAGACUAACGUUUUUUUCCUUCCGAAGAAACAAAUAAAUGCUGCAACAAUAACAUCAACGGAGACAAUGCAGAUUUAUUUCCUAGCAAGCAAAAUCCUUGUUCCUCUCGUGUGCCAUCUGCAGUUCUCAGGCACUAACAAAUCCCGACUCAAAUAGAGACCAAGACAUCGCUUCAUAAACAUUCAACCGUUGUGUAAAUUCACUGCGAGGGAGCCGCAUUUUAUUGUGUCUGAUUUCGAAACUCUGAGUUUUGUUUUAUUAGCUUGGCAAAUUAGUCGGGCAUCACGAAAGAUAAGCAAAAUGGAAAAUUAAAAGAAUAUUUAUUAAUAUUAAGCUUAAAUAAUUUCCUAAAGAUGAAAAUCAUACUAACCAAACGGCGAGUGAUCAAUGAUUUGCACUCGCUCAGCGCUUUCAAACUCGCAUGGGCGAGCGGGCGAGCGCUAAUUCCUAACACUGUCACAAGCUUAUAUUAGAGAUAAUUAUACUGGCUUUCGUCAUAGGAUUGACUGAAGGAAUCGGCAGACAAGCGUAAAAAAGCUGAAUGGCUGAAGAUAUGUGAUCAACAAACGUGGUUGGUUAUUUAACGACCCUGAAUACAAUUGAGAGACAUUCUUCAUGUACAGCAUGGACCUGAAAAGCAACGAAACAACCACAAAUUGUUCCAGCUCAACGUUUUAUUGCAGGUACGCACCGAACAUAUCAGGGGAAAUCGGAGGCUCAGCCAGUUUUUACAUGAUUAUAGGCCUCACAACAGUCAUGAUUUCAUUCCCUACCAUUAUUUUGAACGCAUUGAUAAUCUUAGCGAUAAAUCAAAGGAAAGAGCUGCAAAAACCCUCAAACAUUUUGUUGUCAAGCAUGGCCUUUACGGAUCUUCUAGUUGGCGUUAUAGUUAUGCCGACAUUUGCCAUCAUCGAUUUCUUUAAAUUAAGUCAAGUUUCCCUUGAGCUUACCUGUAUGUUAUAUUCGGUGCAUCGUUUCUCCCUUAAUUUACUCUUCAAUGUUACUUUGCAUCACUUGACUAUCAUUGCUUGGGAGAGGUACGUGGCGAUACAAAAAUGGAUGGACUACAAGCUUAUCCUCACAAAUGACCGCCUCAAAAAGAUUGCGAUAGGUACCUGGCUCUCAGCGAUCUUCCCAGCGACUGCAAACUUUAUAACGACAGCGGUCGUUGUGGAUCCUAGGAUUUUGAACGGCUUUUUAACCGGGUGGACUGCUGUGGAAACUGUUUGUCUUUUUCUUGUUGCAUUCUUUUAUCGAAAGGUUUACCUUGGAAUACGCAAUCGGAAGCUAAACAACAUCUCUCAAAUCGACGUCCUAAUAAAACGAAAACUGGAAUCUAAAGUUGCCAAGACGACUGGUUUAUUAACCGCUGCGUUUAUAUCCUCGUUUAUCCCCGUGUUUGUUUUUGGUAUCCUAGGAAAUGCUGUGCCACUCUUUCGUUCGAAUGCUGCUAGCCUGUUUACACAGAUACUCAUGCAGUUGAACUCUCUUUUUAAUCCCCUGCUUUACUGUUAUAGAGACCGCCGUUUUAGGAACGCUGUUCGAGAGCUGUUGGGGUUGAAAAAGCCUCAAGCAAUACAGUCAGCAGUUGGUGCCGCUCAAUCUUUCAGGCGAAAGGGUCCAUUUAGGUCAUCAGAGCUGCACAUAGUAGGAAAACGUACGCAACGCUUGACAAGAUCAGUAUCUUGCAGUCUAACUGAUACUUUAUAUUCUAUUCAUGGAACACCCAGUGUGGUUAUGUUGAAAAAGUCUUUGUCUGCUCCCACGCUUGAUACAUGCAGCAGCUCCUUAGAUGGCUAAGAUCCGGAGCGGCCUUCAUUCAUCCUUCAUCAUUAAUAUUCUAAGAUCGAAAUUCUCUUAUUCCAGUAAGACUCCAUGAGAUUCGUUAACUGCUUACUGUCAUGGAGCGGCUGGAAGACCAGAAACAGUGAGAGCAAACAUCUCGGCUCCAUACGUAGCACCUUUGAACAGCGACUCGAUUUGAGACAGGAUUUUGUAACUGCAAGGAGCAAUCUAUAUGUAGACGGA